AUGUGUGGUCAAUCCGGCCCGAUUUUCCUUCCGGAAGUGUGGGGCUUUGAUUUGAAAAGGCCGGAAGACGAAGAAGGGACGGGAGGACUGGGAUUUCCCGCCGACGAGUUCGCCGCAGCGGCGGCAGCAGCCGCGGCGAUGCGGUGUCCGUCGUUGCAGGUAGCAGAUAUUCGUUGUAAUGAGAUUCUACUACUGGGAUUUCCCGCCGACGAGUUCGCCGCAGCGGCGGCAGCAGCCGCGGCGAUGCGGUGUCCGUCGUUGCAGGUAGCGGCGACGCAGCAGCAAGUGGCGGCUGUCGCACAUCCGGCCACACCGGGCGCCGCCACGCCCGGGGUGGUGCCGCAGGGUGCCGUUCCUGGCGCCACGAGUCUCGUGUCGAGUGCUGCGGCGGCCCUCAGCCCGGCGUCCGUCGCCGCCACCGGCAUCCUCAUGAGCCACCAGAACCAAAACCAAGUUACCGGUUGCGUCAUGAUGGUCUACGGCCUCGACCCGGAAAAAAUGACCUGCGACCGGCUCUUCAACAUGUUCUGUCUCUAUGGGAAUGUCAUUAGGGACGUAUUUUGGCGGAAACCCGUGUCACUAAAUUCUCAAACGUUUCCUGUUGAAUUGAAUUUUCUCAACCCUUAA